AUGAUCCUUAAGCCUUCAAAUACGAUUGGUGGAUUUCCAGUGAUCGGAAUGCAAGCCGUUGUUUUGGCACUUCACGAUUCAUCCUAUCUUCGUCAGCUGACCGCAUCCGGUGUAGUCGGCCAGCUUCCUCUGGGUACACGGGGCUCGCUUCUCUCAAACCUUGUCGGCGUCUUUGAAUCCGCCGGUAUCGUAGAUCCUAUUAUUAUAUGUCGGUCUGGUCAUUCUAAACAAAUCGAGAAAUGUCUUCCCAAAUCUCACCGCUGCAUUAUUGUCGAAGUAUCCGCAACGCUCAGUAUUCCUGAAUGCCUUUAUCGUAUUCGGGAUCAUUUCACGUCUGUUCCCUUUGCUCAGUACGUAUUUCUUACAUAUGCUGAUGUUGCGGUGACUGAAUUAGACCUUCGUGAUCUUUUUCUGAGGAUGGUUCGAACUAAAGCAGAGAUUGUAGCGUUGGCCUCACCUUACACUGCGGAUGCGAAACUUCUCAAAAUGGCUAGGGGCACACAUGACAUAUUGGUGUUGGAUGCCAGAGACGAGUCGCUGGUUAUGUAUGUACCGGCCUCGGAAGUGAAGAAGCAGAUACGCGUGCCGAAGUCCAUAAUGUCUUCUCAUAGCAAUUUGACAUGUCGGGCAGAUCUUCAUGAUGCUGGAAUGUAUCUGCUUUCUGGGUACGCUCUAAGGAUGCUCGAAUAUGAUAAGGAUGAUGUCGGUCUAAGAAAGUCUUUCUUCAAGCACAUUGUCAACGUUGAACAGCACAAACUCUUUCAAUUUGACACCAGCUCGAUGACAAGCCAGCUGCCAAAAUCACUUCACUACUCGCAGGAGGAGAUGCCGCAAUAUGCCAAAGUCGUUAUCUCGGUUCUCGAGAACGCACCCGUCUGCCGUCGCCUGGACUCGACUCUCGGCUAUCUGGAUGCUGUUAAGAUGAUCCGGGAAAAGUACCCCCCAGAAAACACAAUGGUUGAAAAAACGGCUUCAGUUGCUAACGCUAGUGGCGGUGGUCGUCAGGUCGGCCAAAUAGUCGAUACCAUGCAGUGCGAGGGUUGUAACUUCGCCAACGGGGUGCUUAUCCGGUCCUGCAUUAUUUGUGCCAGUUGUACUGUAGGCCAGAGUACCCGACUCUUCAGCUCCGUUCUCCUCUCCGGUGUUGUGGUGGGCAGUGGAUGCAAAAUCACGAACUGCGUGAUCGGCGAAGGUGUGACAAUCGACGACAACUGCACCCUCAAGGACUGUACAGUGGCCGCACACCAACGCAUCCCUGCAAAGUCAGUGAUGCAGUCAGAGAACAUGGGUUUCUCUGAGAUUGACUUUGACAACUUAACCAUAUAA